GGGAAGGCGUCACUUCCGCCCGCGCGAGCCCUUCCGGGGCGGAGGCCAUCAUGGCGGCGGCCUUGGCUCGGCUCGGGCUACGGUCGGUGAAGCAGGUUCGGGUUCAGUUUUGCCCGUUCGAGAAGAACGUGGAGUCGACGAGGUACGAGAGGGCUGCUGUGGGGACGGGAAGGAGUUCGCCGUCUGCCCGCCGGGGGUCUAGUCCCCUCGGCCGGGUGCUCAAGCCCUGUUCCCACCACAGGACCUUCCUCCAGGCAGUGAGUAGCGAGAAAGUCCGCUCCACCAACCUCAACUGCGCGGUGAUUGCGGACGUGAGGCACGACGGCUCCGAGCCUUGCGUGGAUGUGCUGUUCGGAGACGGGCAUCGCUUGAUUAUGCGCGGCGCCCACCUUUCCGCCCAGGAGAUGUUCACUGCCUUCGCUUCCCACAUCCAGUCACGGGGCACAGCAGGGAGCGAGGACAAGCCGGGCGCUGGUAACGGGCGCUAACACCGCAAAAGAAAGACCAACAAGCCUGUUUUAUUCUGGAACUAGUAGGGCACUUAACUGAGAACUUACUCACUCAGACCAUCAUCUGUAUGUUCCACGUAGAAGCAGCAAAACCUCCAGGAGCCCUGUGACUACAAAGCGAAUCGUUUUUGGAGGAAGACAAAGUCAGGAAGGGAUCUGGACGAACGUUAUUUCACUGUUUCCAUUUCCAAAGGUUCAUUGCUUAACCUUUUUGAAUUUGCUUCUUUCACAACUCACUCAAGGUGGCUCUUAAUUUUAUCCGCUAAAUCCACUGCUGUUUUCUCUCCAUCCCAGUAGCAUCUGCCGCUCUCAAUUCACUCUUUUGUGGAACUUCUCUUCCUUUCUGGUCCUUUUUUCUUCUUUUAACCAUAAAGUUAUACUACUCGUACCUUUUUUCUUGUCUUUAUUUUGGUCUUUCUUCUGUCAUAACUUGAACUAACCUCUCUGAUUUAAUUCUUUAUUUUUCUUUAGUCAGAGGUUUUCAGCAAUUCCUCCAAAUUCCACCAAUACUCUUUACUCAAAAUAGAAUUGACAGUAUGACAUAAACCUCUCUCCCUGACUUCUCUGUACCUUUUAAAGGUGCUUCAUCUGCUUAGCCACCUGGGCUAGAAACCGCAACAUUAUCUCUGGUUCUGCCCUUUCCCUUUCCCUGAAUAUCCAGUCACUAAGCUCAGAAUAUUGUGGUAAACACAAACUUCUGAAAUUUUCUCUCCAUUUGCGCUCACUCUGUAUUGUAUUCUCUUAUCUUGUCUCUUUUUUUCCUAAUCAUUUUUACUGUUGCUUAAUUUUAUCUUUGUUAAGUGUAUCACUUUGUUAAGUGUAUCUUUCACUACUGCUUGUUUCAAAGAACAGAGCCUAAAGUACUCUUCAGCACUAUGUCUAGAGUUUUUCAUACAGGGUUACCACCCAUUGGUAUGGAUCAUGAAAUCAAUUUAGGGGGUUAAGUUAGCCUUUAAAAAAAAAAGGGAGGGCCUCCCUGGUGGCACAGGCUAUUGAGCACAGCGCUGUGGAGCUGUCGGCAGCCUCUUCAGAGUGGGUUUGAUCCCCGCAGGCCUCGGAGCAAUCCACAUGGCGGGCAGACCUCUCCUGUCUCUCCCCCUGCUCCCCUCAGCAGUGUAUUUCGUUGGUCUGCCUGUUCUGUUCCCUGCUGUCUCUGGUGACUCCUCUUACCCUCCCCCGCACAUCUGGCCUGUACCCCGGCUCUUGUAUAAAUAAAAAAUAAAUCUUAAAAAAAAAAUAAAUAAAGGGAAAAGAAAAGAAACAAAGUAAAAUAAAAAGCAUCAGUUCAUGAAAUGGGAAGUAUUCUUUUUAAGAAACGUUUUAAGCAUAUAAUUAUGAACAGACAGACAGUAUAUGUAUAUAUGUGUAUCUGUGUACUCAGUUGCAAUAUGGAAUUGUUUCUCACUCUGCCAUGUAGAGCCCUGCUUUGGAACCCAUGUCUUUUAUUUGGAUUGGACUAUUGCCCAUAUCCAUUGCCUUUCCUAGUAAAGUGGAGGCCUUUUGUAGAUCCCAAAAAUGGUUAAUAGCCACUGGUUUGGAGAACUUCAGAAUGCUCAGUGAGGCAAUCAAGGGUCUCUGGACACUGGGUGCUAUGAAUUUUGCCAAAUAGAUUUUCCCAUGACUCUCUCACAUUUCUGUACUACCUCCCAACUCAAAAGGCUGCUCAAAAGGCUGUUUUCCCCCUUACUCGUUUAAAAAAGAACACUACUCCUUUACUGCCUUCGGGUAGUUAAGGGUCAAAGUGACUCCGGUUAAAAUCACAGCUUUCUCCUAAAGAAGCCAAAUAACUUUGGGCAAACUACUUGCCUGUUUCCUCAUUUGUAAAAUGGUGACAAUGGUACCUACCUCAUAUAACACUUUAGAGUAUUUAAUGAAUUGCUAUGUGCAAAAUACUUGGAACAUUAUUGAGAACUUAAGUGUUGUUAUCUAAGAGGCCUUUUGCUGUAGUUGAAAGAAUACUGACAACCUAGAUUUGAGUUGCCCAACUUUGACUGACUGGCCUGUUAAUCUUUGGUCAGGCCUAACUACCACUCUCCUCAUCUGUAAAAAUGGGGAUGGUUUAAUCAUUGCUGUAAACAUGGAAUAAGUAUUGAAAUUGGUGCUGUUUUCUCUGUCCCCAACACCUUGCAGAGAUGUCUAGUAUAGACCAUGCAAUAAACAUUUGUUUGAAUCACGGAUAUUUAGCAUCUACCUUAUAAAUGCUACAAGGCAGUUUGUAGAUGCUGAUUAGUAUACUGGCUAGUAUACUGGGAUAUAAGGUAAAUAAUGAAACUCAGGUAUGUCAUAAGUGCCACCAGAGAUGUGUACCAAGUGCAAUGGUGGCAAGAAAGAGUUAACCAUUGAGUUUGGUAAGGUGAUAUUGAACAAACAAAAGGUCUACUAGUAAAGGGUAGGACUGCAAAUUAGAUUGUAGUGAAAUAGGACUUGAAUAUGUGUGGACUUUAGUGAGUCCGAGCCUGAACCGCGACGGUGAGGGAAAUCAGACAUGGGGGACUGUCAUGUCCAGCAUGCAGUAAAUCUUUAUUGUCUUAGUGCUCAUUAUAUACUAUUUUAAUUGCAGCAGGUGUAACAUCAAGGCAUACCACAUAAUGAUAACAUGCAUGAAUGAUUAGUCUAUUUUCUUACUAUUAUCUAUUUACUUCAGACAGUAGGGUAUCAGGCGGUUAGUUCUCACACACAUAAUCUUAUCGCCUCCUAGCCUGAGCCUGGGAAGUUCGCUCAUUAUUUUGUUGUUGUCAAUCUGUGGAGAUGUACACAGUUCACUUCCAGGCUCUCAACACCAAGUCCUGUCACCCAGAGGUUUUCCUCCGAGACGCAUGUGUUUUCACAUGCCUUAGGUACUCAGGUCAAGGCCCUUCUGCUUACUGCGCAGGAUCUCUCCAUUUUAUUAUUCUCAGGCUGUGGAGAUGUAGAAGCCCGACUCCACCCAGGUCACUUUCCAGGCUCUCAACACCAAGUCCUGUCACUCAGAGGUUUUCCUCCGAGACACAUAUGUUUUCACAUGCCUUAGAGACUCAGGUCAAGGCAAUUUUGCUCACUACGCAGGGUGGCCGCCUCCAACAAAUAUGCAGCAUAAGACUUUUACUAGUAUUGAGUUUGGAUGGGAGGUGUGGUAAUAUAGUUACAAAGGAUAAGAAUUUGUACUUCAUGAUGGACUGGACUAUUGCCUUUCCUAGUGAAGUGGAGGCCUUUUGUAGAUGCCAAAAAUGGUUAAUAGCCACUGGUUUGGAGGAGAACUUCAGAAUGCUCUGUGAGGCAAUCAAGGCAAUCAAGUGUCCAGUGUCUGGACACUGGCUGCUAUGAAUUUUGCCAAAUAGAUUUUAUGCUGACCUGUUGUUAAGAAAUAAAUAACUCGGAGCGCAGCGCUGUGAGACUGUCCCCAGCCCCUGCAGCGCAGAUUCCAUCCUGGCCCCAUGCAGAGAUACCCACAUAGUGCAGCAGACCUCUCCUGUCUCACCCACUGCUCCCCUCAUUAGUUUGUUUUGGUCAGUCUGCCUGUUCUGUUCCCUGCUCUCUCUCUGGUGAGUACUCUCACCCUCCUGCACAUCUGGCCUUUGCCCGGUUCUUAUA